AAUUCUCUAUCAGCUAAUGCUUUUCCACAUAAAAGGGAUUUUGGGCAUUGUGAGAAUGUAGUGAAGAGGUGGACUUCUUCCGCACUAAGUCUAGAAGUUAAAGCAGACAAGCACACCCUGCGAGAUUUGCUGUUCUUCCUCCAUGUUCCAAGAACAGGAGGACGCACAUACUUCCACUGUUUCUUGCACAAGUUGUAUUCUAGUGCUCUGGAAUGCCCUCGCUCUUAUGAUACAUUGAAUUUUGAUCCCAGCAAGCGAAAGUGCAGGUUGUUGGUCUCUCAUGAUGACUACAGCUUGAUGUCGAAACUUCCCAAGGAUAGAACGUCAGUGGUGACCAUACUAAGAGACCCCGUUAAUCGUGUUCUCAGUACGUACGAAUUAUCAGUGGAGCUAGCGGCUGAAUUUUUGGCAUACCCUAAUUUAACUUUCGCCACAACAACGGCUGGACGCUUGAGCUCCAAGACAAGUACGAUGGAUAUAUGGCCAUGGAAGUUUCUAGUUUCUUGGAUGAGAGAAGACCUAUUUGCAAGGAGAGAUGCAAAAAGACGUAGAGGAUCAAGGACUACCUAUAGCAGCGACCCAUACAAUAUGGAGGACAUUGUAAUGCCAUUGCAUAAGUAUAUCAACGAUCCUAUUGCUCAAGAUAUAAUUCACAAUGGUGCCACGUUUCAGGUUGCAGGGUUAACUAACAAUUCGUAUUUUCCGGAGUCACAUGAAGUACGUCACUGUGUUAUGCAGCAUAAAGUACUAGGUCAACAUGUCUUUGAAGUUGCAAAGAGGAGAUUGGAUAAUAUGCUGUAUGUUGGUCUCACUGAGGACCAUAAGAAAUCUGCAACAAUGUUUGCAGAUGUGGUUGGUGCACAAGCAAUUUCCCAACUGAGAGGAUCUAGCUCUGGUGUGGAGACUGUGGCUGCAAAUAAAUCAGAACAGAGCUCCUUGUCAGAUAGCGAGCCUGAUGAUGAUCACAGUCAGAAUGUCACUUCAGAUGUUGAGGUUUCUGCGGAGGGAAACAAUGAAGCAAGUAAAAGAAACAUGACAAGGGCAGAACUUAGGGAAUCUUAUGAAAGUUGCGUAUCUUCUUUUAGUGAUGCCAAGUCCCACCGCCACAUCUCUGCCUUGAAGGAAAUCUCACCUGUGAAUUUCACGAAAGAGUCGCGUCAUCAGGUCACUGAAGCGGUUCUUCAGGAGAUAAAGUCACUCAAUAACCUUGAUCUUGAGCUGUAUGAGUAUGCUAAGGAAAUUUUCGCACGGCAACACAUACGGACAACCAAGAAGUCCACUCUCACAGAGAUAUUCGGGAGCAUGAUAAGCAGCGCAUAUGGCACUUCACAGCGGAGCCACGUUUUCUUAUUCUUGCCCACCAUAUUGCUGCUCAUUUCCUGUGUUCUUUCAGUAAAUACAAGGAGAAGAACAUCAAAAGUGAAGAUACGAAUGUAAGUGCAUUUCAAAAAAAAAUCUUACGGAUCGAAAAGACUAAAGUCGGGAUAGGUUGGUCCUGGCUCAGGUCUGUAAAAAAAAAAAAUCAAUCUUUAGAUGAUACAUUUUUCUACUUUUAUGAGAGAAGGUAGUCAUUUAUUUACCAUUGCUUCUCAAUUUAGCCUUCACUCUAUUCCUCAAUGUGAUUGUAAUCCCAUUUUGGGUUGAAUUGAUAGCUACUGA